AAAGUAAUUAAAAUCGACCUAAAACUCCUUUUUUCAUUAUUCUAAAAGUAUAUUCGAUUAUUGCUGACUUAAGUAUCGGAGUGUCUACCUUGAGGAUCUACCUCAGGGCUUUGCAGGUUUAUCUGAAGUGAAGACACUGACUGAAGAAAGAUUUCUAGUUUGGUGCAAUUACAUUCGGCGCCGUCUAUAGGAACCCGAACUAAAAGCUCUCUUGUUGCUUUUUUAUCAUGCUUAACCCUCAGUCUGUUCGAGUUGGAAGCCAAGCUCAACCUCUUGCCCAAGGCCAAGCUUAGUACCUAAAUCAACUUCCACCUCAUAUCUCGAAUCUAUUCCCUCCUGUUGAACAUGCAGAAAGAGGUGAUGAGAACCAACCUCAUAAUUCAGCUCACAAUUCAACUCCCACUCCGAACCAAGGUGAUGCAGUCUCAGCUCAGCUCGCCGCAAUGCAACAGCAGUUUGGUAUUUUCCAGUUGGUUUUGGCUCAACUUUUAGCUCAAAAUAAUCUUGGUGAUCCUCUCAUUAAUUUACUUAACCCUACUCAACAACCUCCAGUUCAACAACAAGAGCCCCAACCAGUUCAACAGCAAGAGCCCCAACCAGUUCACUCCAAUGAUCGUCAACAUGCUCCUGCCCUCAGUGAGUCGCAGGGUCAGUCAACAUGUUCCUGCCCUCAGUGAGUCGCAAGGUCAGUCUCAUGUGGCCCCAGCUCAACAACCUCUACUUGAUGAUGUCACAUGACGCUUGGACAAUUUAGAAAAAAUGGUAGUCGAGCAG